AUAAACCCAUGUACACUUGGUGCGCGAAAGCCGCGUCGAUCAGCAGCAGCAGCAGCAGCAGCAGCAGCAGCAGACAGGGGUUCCCCUCACUCAGGCGUCGGAUCGAGCGGACAGAGGAGUUACAAGUUUGCGAUAACAGAGAGAAAAGGGCAGAAAAAGCAUCUGCAAGACUGACUCCAAGAUCGUCUGAACUUUAGCGGACGUGAAAUGUCCAGAUUUACAGAGUGAGGCGCCAACGACCCUCGCUCUUGGAGGCGCACCCUCAGGACAGACACGCGUCUCAAAUGCCUAAAGAGCAAAGAAGAAGAACCUCUAAGGACCUCGGAGUCAGUGCUGGAACUGCACUGAACGAGUGGCCCCGCUCGGAGAGACGCACAGACUCCCAGAGGUCCGCCCAUAUCUGCAAUGAACUCCUUCAAAAAGCCGCUCAGGUCUCGCCUAUUGUGAUGGAUGCGCUCCGUGUACCGCAGGUCACCAUCACCCCGGAGGGAGGAGGCACCUCCAGGGAGAUGCAGCAGGAGGACUGGGGCGGCGAGGUGGAUGGAAGUCUACGGAGGAAACUGUCCAACUCCUCCAUCUCCUCCACGGGCUCCUCGGCCGUGGAGUCCGAAGACGACUUACUCAGCGACAACGAGAGCAAAAGCAAAGGGAUCGUCACGUUGGAGCAUCUGGUGGACCCUGGAGAGACCAAGCCUUGGUGGAAGCUGAAGACUGUAGUUCACUGGCCCUUCAGUGCAACCCAGAGAAGAAAACUGAACUGGGUUCAGCUCGCGGGUCAUAAAGGUAACUUCAAAGCAGCAGACGAGGGCACCAUCCUGAAGAAGUUCUCUGAAAAUGAGAUGCAGUGUUUCGAGAAGCUGAAGGAAGACGCGCUGCUUCCCUUUGUCCCGGGCUAUCAUGGAGUGGUGGAAAAAGACGAGGAUUAUUAUCUCCAUAUGACGGACCUGCUGGUGAACUUUGACCAUCCCAAUGUCAUGGACUGUAAGAUGGGAGUGAGGACGUACCUGGAGGAGGAGCUUGUUCGAGCACGAGAACGGCCCAAACCCAGGGAGGACCUGUACAGAAAAAUGACGGAGGUGGACAGUGCCGGACCGACUCCCCAGGAGCAUUCACAACAGGGUGUCACCAAGCCUCGAUACAUGCAGUGGAGGGAAACCAUGAGCUCCACCAACACCUUGGGCUUCAGGAUAGAGGGGAUCAAGAAAUAUGACGGCACAUGUCGAACUGACUUCAAGAAAACCAGAUCCAAGCAGGAUGUUAUCCAGGUGUUCACAGACUUUGUGGAAGGAAACGUUAACGUCAUAAAGUCCUACCUGAGCAGACUGUCAGAGAUCCGACGGGCCCUGAAGGCAUCGGAGUUCUUCAAGCGGCACGAGGUGAUCGGCAGCUCACUCCUCUUCAUCCAUGAUCACACUGGAGCCGCAGACGUCUGGAUGAUUGACUUUGGGAAGACCACAGCGCUACCAGAGGGCCAGGUGUUGAACCACAAUAUUCCCUGGCAGGAAGGCAACAGGGAGGACGGCUACCUGUGGGGUCUGCACAAUCUCAUCAGCACACUGGAGUCCGUGAGCAGCGAUGGCUACGGCCAAGAUACCAAAGAAAACACCGAAACACCGACAGAACCAGUUGGUCAGUGACCCCUCACACAAGACUUAACCUACUUUAAAACUAUAUAUUGGGUAAAUUUACUUUAUGGGAAAAUAUUUCUGGACGGACAGCACAGAGUUGCAUUUUUAAACACCAAACGUGCCAUUAGGGAUCCAGCAAACAAAAACAAAUAGUGCCGAUUCAGAAGUAAAUGGAAGCCCAGUAGAAAAAUUACAAACAUUUUGUUUGUAAAAUAAAUGAAGUCAAUGAUGUCAGACGUUUUAAUUGUUGUAAAUAUGAUCGCAUUUAGAAGAAAAUAGAUGAUUAUGAGCAAAAGGAAACACAUUUUAGCACAUUUAAGAAAGCUAAUCACACCAGGAGCUAAUACUUGGGUCUUCUCUGUUCUUUGCAAUGUUUAAUUUGGUGAAGAGGAGGAUGAAGGUCUAAACAUUUUGGUAGGUCUGAGUGGAUGUUGUGAAAGUGGGAGUGGCAUCUACAUUUUCUACUGCAACGCCAUCUAGUGAACUGUUGAACGUGGGAGUGAAUUUCAUGCUACUACUCACAUUGAAUGUUUACCACUAAAUUCCUACGACCAAGUUAUCUUUCUAACUGUGCAACCUGUGCCCGGUACUUGCUUUUCGGUGCAACCAGCCUCUUAUUAACCAGCUGUCAAUCACAGCUGCUGAGAAACCGACUUUAUCUUCCAAUUUCCUCUUAAUAGGAUCGUAGCUUAAGAAAACAUACAUUUCUGUCAAAGGGCUGAAACUCAUAUUUAUAACCAAAUAUAAAUAUUUUUAGAAUGACGGUUUAAUAUGAAUGGAGCAUACGUAAUAUAUAAUUAAUUAAAUUAAAAUGAUCAAUUUGAGACAUAAUUCGUAAUCCAA